ACAGUUUGUGAAUCCGAUCUGUUCUAGGCCGUUAUAAAUAUACCACUUCGGCCUCAUUCUCUCCCAAGAUUUCUAGUCAUCUACUCCUAGGUUUGCUUCCUCUUUUCCUUCUUCUUCACAGUUCACAGACCUAGUUUUUUUACAAACAAAAUGGGUGGAAAUUCACCAUGUGCUUCCUGCAAGUUGCUUAGACGCCGAUGCGCCAAGGACUGCGUCUUCGCUCCUUACUUCCCUUCUGAUGACCCCCACAAGUUUGCCAUUGUCCACAAAGUCUUUGGUGCUAGCAAUGUCAGCAAAAUGUUACAGGAGCUACCAGUUCAUCAGAGAGCGGAUGCAGUGAGCAGUUUGAUGAAUGAAGCGAAGGCGAGAGUGAGAGACCCAGUUUACGGAUGUGUGGGAGCCAUAUCCUACCUGCAAAACCAGGUUUCCCAGCUACAAAUGCAGCUUGCAGUGGCUCAAGCAGAGAUAUUAUGCAUCCAGAUGCAGCCUGAACCUGUGAUGCCAACCUCACAGAUGGGCCCAGAUGAUGACAAGUCAUUUCUUCUCCAAAAUAGCCUCUCUCAGCACCUGAAUUAUGGCUCUUCAAGCAAUGCAAUUCAUGAUUCUCUCAAGAGAGAGAGCAUUUUUGGAGACAUGAUUUCUUAAUUAGUAGAAGUUGAUGCUAGCUUUAAUCCCUUAUGCUCACUUUAUGUUCACAGAGUAAUAUAAUUCGAGAGAGGAAGGGUUGUCCUUACUUGAUGUUAGUUGAAGAAUACGCUUUAUAAAUAAAUAACACUGCAACCAACA